GGAGGAGCUCGAGGCUGAGGGCUCUGGGAUUCGGGGCGACUGGGGUCGCUCGGUCCCGCGCCUUAGCGAUGUUUUACUCAGGGCUCCUGACCGAGGGCGGCCGCAAGGAGACCGACAUGAGAGAGGCGGCGUCGCUGCGGCAGCAGCGCCGGAUGAAGCAAGCGGUGCAGUUCAUCCACAAGGACUCCGCCGACUUGCUGCCCCUGGACGGCCUCAAAAAGCUGGGCUCAUCUAAGGACACGCAACCUCAUAACAUUCUGCAGAGGCGCCUCAUGGAAACCAACCUGUCUAAGCUACGAAGCAGUCGUGUUCCUUGGGCCUCCAAGACCAACAAACUCAAUCAGGCUAAGUCUGAAGGACUAAAGAAGUCUGAGGAUGAUGACAUGAUUUUGGUUUCUUGCCAGUGUGCUGGAAAGGAUUUGAAAGCCUUGAUUGACACAGGAUGUCAGUAUAAUCUUAUAUCCUCAGCCUGUGUGGACAGAUUGGGACUCAAGGAGCAUGUUAAAUCUCACAAGCAUGAAGGAGAAAAGCUUUCUCUGCCCCGGCAUCUCAAAGUAGUGGGUCAGAUUGAGCAUCUCGUGAUCACCCUGGGAUCCUUCCGCCUGGACUGCCCAGCAGCUGUGGUUGAGGACAGUGAGAAAAACUUGUCCCUUGGUCUCCAGACUCUCCGAUCCCUGAAGUGCAUCAUAAACUUGGAUAAGCACCGGCUGAUCAUGGGGAAGACCGACAAAGAAGAGAUCCCUUUUGUGGAGACCAUUUCUUUGAAUGAAGACAACACUUCAGAAGCAUAACUGCAGCCUGCAAGAGGUGUGCACAUACGCACGUGUGCACACACCAGGUUGACAGAUUGAGAAAGCUGAGUUUGAACCAAAUGCAGAAUCAACUUGCUGUGGACCAAGUCCCUCCUUCCAAUACCUGCUCCAGGGGCUCCUUCCCCCCUAGACCUUUCUAGGCUGUAGUUUGUGCUUAGAGAUCUUGUCUGGUUACAGCCAUUGUUUUUUACUCCUUUGGUCACUUAAUUUAAUAGACCCUUUUUGACACUGCCAGGUCUCACUUAUGGCCUAUUUCUCUGCUUCUUUCAAGAAUUUCCUUUUAUUAGUCAAGUAUAGGGGCUGCCAGUUUCUAUUUCUUGAUAGAUACACCUGCUUCUUUUCCUAUAGCUAAAUAUUUAAUAGGAACCUGAUUUUUACCUCCUUUCAGCUAUUUCAAAGAGGUGUAGGAAAUCUAUGUCUUAGAAUUAGAAUCUCUGCUGAUUAAUUCAUUGACUUCUCAGGUAUGAACUGAUCUGAAAGCACUCAGAAAGGUCAGCUAGUCCGAACACUUCGCAAAGGUCCAGAGAGGCAAGUGAAUUGUUUAAAUUCAUGUAUUAAGUCAAUGACAGGAAGGCCCUAAAACUCAGACCUGAUUUCCACACCAAGGCUCCUGUGCUGCCUCUCCUGUUUUCAAGCCUUAACAGGACAGCAGUGGGGUGAGAUUGUGU